AUGGGCCCCUGUACCGCCUCCUCAUGCUGCUGCCAGGCCCGUAAUCUGCCAUGGGCCCCCGUACCGACUCCUCAUGCUGCUGCCAGGCCCGUAAUCUGUCAUGGGCCCCUGUACCGCCUCCUCAUGCUGCUGCCAGGUCCAGAGUGUGUCAUGGGUCCCUGUACGGCCUCCCAUUGCUGCUGUCUCCAUCGCCACACUCUGCCAUGUGCCACUUUCAGGUCUCCUCACACUGCUGGUGGGUUCCAUUUUGUCAUAGGGUGCUGUAUGGCCUCCCAUUGCUGCUGCCUCCACCGCCACACUGUGGCUCCACACUCUGGUUUUGGCCCCGUGACUGCCCAAAUGAGUGAAGUGUGCGGUGAUUCUAAGAUCGACGGCACUCAUCUGCAUGUCAUACUGACUGACAGUAUUAUUUGUCUUCUCCAGCAGACUCCAAGGGCAUUUAAAUUAAAGGUACAGUGUUCUGCACUAAUAUAA